UUCAAAGGCCCCGGAAUCAAUAUUUCGAGCGACAUAUUACAGCUGAUCGAGUGCAUCAACUGUCAGAUGACAUGCCAGGCCAAGGAAUUCAAAAAUAUGGAAGAGACGUGGAAAGCGAUAUUCCAGAAGCUACGAAGCUAUCGAUGGACCACGCAAGUCCUGCUCGUCCUCGCAGCCUUCGCUCUGCAAUACGGCGACUUCUGGUAUGCCUCGGAAGCUCCCCCUGAGGGCAGAAAUGCCAUGUCCGAUUACCUCUGGAAAGCCCUGAGAUCAUUGAAGAAGAAGGUCAUAUCCGACGGCAACAAGGUGGCGAUAAAACCUCUCAACGAUGUGGUCAAAGACCUCUGUGAGUUGACCACUUCCUUGUCUGAUCUCACCCAGCUGGUGUAUCAGUACCGUGGGAAGCACCUGCCUGAAUUGGCAAGAGCAUUCCAAUCAAUACCUCGGUGGAGCUGCGAGACCAUCAUCGCCAUUCUGGCUGCGGCGAACAUUUUUGCCCAGACCAUCAGUGUCAGUACAAUGUUUAUAACAUCAGAACUGGAAAAUCUUAAGCUGAGUGUGUCGGACAGGAGGAAAGCUGUUCGCCUAGCGGUCACUGCCUGCAAGGAACAAAUAGGCAACAUGGAGGAAUAUCAGAAGUACGUGAAAGACGUCGAAGCUGCUGUGGAUAUUGCAGACUUUCUGAGAUUACUGCUUGCGGACGAUUCCAAACAGAAUCCAUUUGCUCCUGGUCCCAGUAACAAGCCGGUCAAGUAUGAGUUGUUCAGGAAGAAGAUUGUAUUGCUGAUAAUUUCGGGCCAAAAAUCCCUGAAUUUGACAUUGCGAUUAUUGAGAGCAUACAUAAGGGUCGUCAGGAAAGCCCAAAGGUGGGAUUGUCCCGAUUCAAAUGGAGUCCGAAUCUCAAAGAAAAAGGUGGAGGAGACAGUGACUGUCUCCGAGACACGGUAUGAGCUUGUUUGGAUUCCUAUUGUGGAUGCGGGGCAAGACAAAUUGGAAGCUGCCGAGCUUCGAGUCUGUAAGGCCAUGGGCAUUUGUGGUAGACCCUCGUAA